AUGAAAUCCUUUAUGGCAGAAAUCAUGGAUCUUUGGAGGACCGUGAAUGGCUGGGGUUGGGCCAAAUUUAUCCCCUUGUCAGAGUGUUUCGAAAAGUUCAACAUGCCCGACUUACCGAGGCUGGAGGACCGUGUAAAGAACAAUUUUAUCUAUUUCCGAACCAACUAUUUGGCUCUUUAUGUUCUGUUGCUGGUCAUCGCUGGCUUUUCCGCUCCCAUCUUCUCUGUUGUCGAUUUUUGUCUGGUCUUUUUGUGGCUCAUCCCUUUCAUUUGGGUUCCUGCACCCUUCUAUCUGGGUGAAUUCAGAGUCACUCCUUCUGUUAUUGUCGCGGCGCUGACGGGAUUUAGUGUGUUUGUUCUUCUGCUGUUCCACAACUACUUCCUGCACUUCAUCGGCCUGAACGUUCUGUUCAUUUUAUUGAUGGGACUUCAUCUCGUGUUCCGAAAUAGCAGCUUGAUGUCAAGAAUCCACAUUGGGUUGAACGAGAAGAACAAGUUGAAAAAGUACAUUGACUUGUGUGUUUGUUGGAAUACGCUCUGA